AUGGACACCGGCCAUCGCCGCGAGGUGCGCAACGCGCGCCGGCUGCGGCGUCAUCAGCGCAGCGGGGCCGAUGGCAAUGAUGCCCAUGAGAUGCGCACCGGCUCCGCCGCUGUCGGCGGCCGCUUUACUCCGCCACCACCCAACUCUGCCCCAGGUGUGAUGUUGGGCGCCGGCGCAGCAGCAUCGGGAGCUGUUGGUCACCGUACCUCGGUCGUCGCGAGCCGCGACGAGGCGCAGCGCCUCUCCGAGCGCAUGAAGCAACAGCGGCAAGUGAAGAGCCGCGCGGAUCAGAUAGUAUCGCAGCGCGAAGCGCUCAUCCGAGAGCGGUACGCCCCGAACGCGAUCGCCGCCACGGCUCACGGGCCGUCGCAGCAGCAACCGCAGGCCUCUGCCUACGCUUUCGACAAGGAUGACUUGCUGGCAAACCUUAUCGGCGAGAGCAGGGCGAACUUCCUCAAGCUGGACCACGACCUGACGGAAGACCACACGAUUGCCACGCAUCGGCUGCACACCUCCGUCUUUUCCCACGCGAAGAGCUUCCUACUCCUUUUCCGCGAUGUCGACCGUGCCAGUGACCUCGUGGAAGCCCUCAAGGCCAAUGUGCAGGGCACAAAGGCCGCAAUCUCCAGUAUCAGCAAGUACUCUGCAAACUUCGUGGCUGGUGCGUCGAUAUCUUCGGCAGGCAAGCUGCCUGGCUCCGCCACCGCCGACGUGCGUGGUUGCAGUGCCGGGGGCGGCAGCGUGUUCAGCGCAGCGCUCGGCGGAUCCCCUAGCGAUGGGGAUCCGCGACGGUUCGCACGACCGAGUCUCGUAUCUCGCCGCAUCACGCAGCGCUACGCCUCGGGCGGCAGCAGCGAUAUGGCGUGGCUGAAUGACGGUGAUGUCGACCUCGGCUGGGGCACCGGAGGCGCCACCAGUAUCGGCUCGUCGGCCGCCGCCAGGUCCAGCCGCACCACAACGUGGGGCUCGACGGUGCAUCGCAGCAGCGUGGUGGACGAGGAGGGAGCGGUGGCCGACGGUGGCGCGGAUGCCGUGACCACGAACGCCGGUGCCUCGCGGCCGACGACACGUGGGCUGAACGUCUCCUCGGUGCGACAGUGGCGACACAUAAUUGGCAUGGGAACCGGGCUCGCCGCGAGAGGCAGUGCCGGUGACCGCGAGGUGGCGGAGAGCAGCCCCACAGCUCCAGGGCGGCAGUGGCGGGGUGGGUCUGGGCUGACGGCUAAGUCCCGCGCAUCGACGGGGCACACCACCACCCCUGCCACGUCGGAAAAGGAAGCCGCCGACACCACCGCCUUCGUGGACAUCCUGCGCGAGGAGGUGAAUCAACUCCUUACGGAGCGGCGCCAUGUCGACGCGGCGGAGCUGCUGUACCGCCUUGCCGACGAGGCGACGGCGAAGGGGUGCGUGCCGUUCCUGCUGGACCUCGAGGCGGCCCUCGUCAGCAGUGUGAUCACGAACGUUGUCAAGAUACCAAUCACGCCCAUGUACGUUGAGAGCCUGCACGUGCCGCUGAUCCAGCUGCUCCUCCGCUUUGGCCGCUCCCGCAGCGCGGCUGCCGUGUACCUGACGAUGCAUACGUCGUGGCUGCAUAGCGAGGUGCAGAGGUUGCAGUCGCGCGUGGACCCACAGUACGCCAGCCUCAUCGCCGUUGACUUUCUUGUGCGAGCGACACGGGCGACGGUGCGGCGGCAGCGCACCCUCGGCCUUUCCCUCGCAGCGGCGCGGCCUUUCAUGGAGGACGGGAGCGCCGGCACGACCGGGGCGGCUGCGGCGGGCAAGACGGACGGAAAGCAGCCUGCCGCUAGAGCCAGCCGCGCCGCCGCCAGUGAUGGUGCUGGCCCCGUCACAACGCAGAGGCCUGCGCCGCCGAGGGGGGCAGCGGCCGCUUCGCCGGGCUCCUUGAUCCCGCCGAACUCGGCUGUGCUGUUGUGGGUGCGGCGCAACGUGGAGCGCUUUGCGUGCGACGUGCUGGCGACGCACCUGCUGAGCUUCGGCAGCGGCACGGACGGCAGCGACCCAAUUCGCAUCCGUCAGGCGGCGCAAAUGAUUGCGCAAACUUCGCGCGUAAUGCAGACGCUCAGCAGCGACGGAUUCGCCGGCUGCGACACCCUCAUCAUGCGGCAGCUGACGCCGAGUCUGGUCAUCCUGGAGGACGACUUCACGCGACUGACCGGGGAGCGGGUGGAGCACGGCGGGCGGGCGAUGAUGGAGCAGCUGAUCAUGGGUAGCCUUGCCUUCUACGAGGCACACGUGGCGAACAUGGCGGCCGCGACGUCUGCUGCGACCACGGCCGCAGACGGGAAGGCGGCGCAACCAGCGCCGCGACUCUACACGCCUCCCUAUCAGCCCUCCCGCUGCGAUGACGUCGCUCGAAAGGUGCGGGUGCGUUGCCAAGAGCUGGUGCAGCUGAUUCGGUCCCUCCCGCUCUCUGGCCAUUCGCUCCUGGUCCAGCUGCUGCUGGCGCCCGCCUCGUCUUCUUUGUUCAAGAAUGCGACCUCAGCUGGCAGCGCAGCGCAGGGCACAUCGUCGCCGUCGAAGCCCGGGCCGGCGACACGGAGCUGCGAGUCCGCCUCCGGUGCGACUGGCGGUGCAGCCGCCUAUCGCACGGGUGGUGACUGUGGCGCGACGGCGCUGCUCAGCAAGGCUGGUGCGACCUCUGCGGCGCCACCCGCCGCUUCCCCCACCAGUCUUCUGUUCUCCACGGCCCCGCCGCCGCUGUCGUCCGAGCGCUUUCGGUUUCUACGCUACGCAAACGGCUGCUCCAGCACGCACGUGCGCCUGCUGCAGUCAUUGUGCGGCUACGUGGCCGCGCUGACGGGGACAGACCAGCUGCCCGCGGAGGUCAUGGCCUCGGCGGCGGCGCAGGAGCAGGAGAGCACCAACUCGGCCGCAGCUAUGGCGAUGCGGGUGCAGCAGGCGGAGUGCGUAGCGUAUCUGCUCACGAGCGCGGUGGUGACGGAGUCGAUCGAUGUUGUGCUCUGCAACUUGCUCUCGCGUAUGAUGGUGGUGCUUCUGCGCCAACGAAAGGCGCUCGUGCGAUUCCUGUCGUCUGAGGCGUUCCUGACGCACCACCGCCGUGUCUUUCCAUCGGCGGCCGCGAAGUCAGCCGUGCCCGACGCACCGUUCUUCUCCGACCCUGCCUCGUCGCCGGCAUGGGUGCUGGAUAGCACGCUGUGCAUGCUCUCAGACGUACUCGGCCUCGGUGCGUGGGUGUCGUUCUUCACCAGAGGCGGGGCGAUGGCGCAUAUACUGGCCGACGCGCAGUUUGGCUUCCGGACGCAGCACCUGGAGCGUGUGCAGCGGGAGAUGCCGCGACUUGUGCAGGGGUGGAUGUGUGCGGCGCUGCUGCUCAGCGCCGAUGUGACUCGCGCCAAUACCGUGCUCGCCCCGCCGACGACGUCGGUAAAGGCUUCGGCGCCACUCACGGCGUCCGGGCGGGGCUCGUCGGCUCCUGCGCCGCUCCUGGCACCGCAGCAAAGCCUCCUGUUCGGCUCGCAGCCGCCAGACCGCGUCGAUGGCCGGUCGCCGACGCUGUGGUCGAAGAGCAGCAUCUCAUUUUCUGCCGUUGCCGCCGCCGCCGCAACGGCAGCCGGAGCGACAGCGGCUGCUGCGGCAAAGAAGGCGAGCAAGGCCGGGGCAGACACGGCCUCCGUGCUGCUGUCUAUUCCCAUCACGUCACCUUCUUCAGCCACGUCGCUGCCCGCAGCGGCAGCUGACAAGAAGGAUGCCGUCGCUUCCCCGUUCUUCGCUGACGCUGGCGUCCGAGAGGAGCGGGUGAUGAAGCUCAUCAUGGCGUUUCUGAAUCUCAAGUACUCUACCCCCGCCGGCUACACGGUGCACCGCUACGUUGUCGACUCGGCCAACGCGUCGUCCGACAGGGGCGCGAGUGCUGGGCUGAGCGGCGUGUGGGCGAUUCGCAGUCAGCUGAGCAGCUACCCCGAGUUCCCGAUCGGCGAGGUGCGCGAGCACCGCAGCGACGAGGUAUUUCUGUUUCACUGGUGCGUGCAGGUCUCGCUGCACCUGCUCACCUUCUUCCAGGAGCGUCUUAUCACGCCGAGUUACGUGAUGAACCAGCGCGCAGCAGAGGCGCAAGGCGGCAUGGCAUCUUUGAGUGCGGGGCUGCCCUUCCCUUUGAAGGGCUGCAUCACGCCACAGGAGGACACUGUGCUUGCCGGAUGGUGCGCCGGCGGUGGCAACUACGUGACAGCUGUGGCACUGUUGCAGUUUUUAGUGAUGCGGGUGCUGCGCGACGGUCUCUGCCGUGCCGACACGUGGUCGGCGGUGUACGGCUGCCCCAUGGCGCAGUGGCGCAGCGACGAGGCGGUGCUGCGGCAGCAGCUCUUCUUCUUCUCGCUCUUUGCUUACCUGUGGGCGCCGCUGUUUACUGGCGGUCGCACACCGCGUGCGCGCGCAGCCGUGGCCGGCUUGUCUCCGAGCAAGGAGGAGGCGCUGAUGAGUGCGUAUGUGGUGGACGGCCUCCCCUCGCUGACGGUGCUGGAGUGGAUGACGUGCGGUGGGGUGCUCAGCCCGUCGACGAGCGCGGAUUCCGUCGCUGCAGCGAUGGCGUCUGCCGCGCUCGCCACUAUACCGGCCAACCUCACUGCCGUGGAUGUGCUGUUUUCCACAGAAGGCACCAUCCACAUGUCGUCGGGAGGCGGCGAGGGCGCGGGCGCUGGUGCUGGCGCUGCGGGCGCUACUCACACUACAACUGGCGGUGGUGCGGCGUCAUGGAGGGCUAAGGGGGCCGGCAGAGGUACCACAGCGCCGUCGGCGGCGACUGGUGUAUCGGCCGCCUCGCCGGGAACGCCAACGAACACGAUGCUGGCAAAGCGCGAGCUCUUCGGCUCAUGCGCCUCCUACAUUCCAGAUGGCCCGUUGCGAGUGCUUCGACACUUUUUCGAGGAGCAGCUUGGCGAAAGCCGCGCCGUUCGCGCCAUUACGUCGGAUGUCAUGCGCACCCGCGUCGAGCGAGCCAUGGCGGAGAUCAACCUACUUGACUUUGUCGACACAUCGCUCGGUGUGGGCGACGAGGGGGAGAGCGAGGAUGACGCCACUUCAUCGACGGCGACCCGCUCCACCGCGGGCACCGGCUCAGCGAACAGGGGGCCGCCGUCGUCGCAGAGGGUGACCUUGCAGAACUUGCGCGACUUGAUUGCCGUGUACACAGUGCCGCUUUCUUAG